AUGGUGACACUAUUUCACGUUACUGGUGCCUACAUCUAUGUUGAUCCUGAUGGUAACCCUACGGGAGUGGAGGAUGUCUUUAGCAAGUUGCAGGCGGCGAGAAAACAUUACGAGGCUGUUGGACUGGGAGCUGGCUUUGCAGACCAAUUUAAGCUCUACAAUAGCCCGAAGCUCUUCUUCCUCGACGAUGUAUGGUGGGCAGAUGAUGAUGUGGUCUACAUAGACCUCACCCGUGACCCCCAGGUUACCCAAGAUGUUCAACCCAAGCUCAAGAGCGCGGUCCACAACUCGGUCGCAGAACUUUGCUUCGCGCGGCAAUGGGAUGCGCCCGGGCCCAUCCAGCAUGAACUCCACAGCCCAGAAGAGACCACGGCCUCGUAUAUCGCCUACGAGAGGGAGAGGGGAGAUCUCAGCUUGCAGCAGUCGUCCAAGUACUUCACCCAUUCGCUUGACAUUCUCAAGUAUAUUGUCCUUCUCAACCACCUUUUGAACCGCUAA